CGGAAGGCUCAUGAAACACAAGAAGUUCACGAUUUUGCGUUCUUAAAAACAUGACAUCAGUGACGGCUGUUAUUACUGAGGCUCUCAACAUCCUUAUCAAACCUGUAUUAGAAUCUUCUUCGAGCUCUGCUCCAUCAACAGCACACGAUGCUCUGCUGCAAACACUGCAACGCAACCUGUCUGUCAUGCAGGAAAAGUUCCAGACGGACCCUGUGUACAGAGAAGUGAGCAGCCUGAGACAGCAGGUUAAGGCUGGGGCAGAGUGGUCUGAGGAAACCAAAGACAUUGCUUGGAAUUUCGUAACAGAAAGCCUUGUGCUCCUGACCUGUCUGAAAAAGUGCAUGGCAGAUCUCUUGGGUUUGUUCAGCCCAGCUGAACCCAACCUGAAGACUCCAGAGGCAGCUCCUGCCCUCCCCCCUGAUGUUCUAAGCAUUGCCCAGCAGAAGGUGGUUCAGUCCGCCCUGCAGUUUGUGGUCACCCUUGGGAUCUGCCCCUAUCUCCUGCCUGGGGUAGGAAUCCCUCUGAAGCGCAGAUCAGAAUUCGGGGCCAUGCUUGAGAACGCAGCCAUGCUGGGUGGUGCGCCCCCUUGUGGAAUACGCAGGUUGUUCAUCAGCUGCAUGGUGCUUUUAGGAGUCGCGGAGCACGCCUCCUUGGGCAGCAUGGUUCUGACUCGCCAUCUGGGGGACAUCCUGGCAGGGCUGUGCCAGCUGGGGCACUGCCCAAAUCGAUCAAAGACAGGACAGCCCACCAACUCUGAUAAUACAAAGAUUCUCAGUGUGGAGGAACGUGCCGGCUGUAAGAAGGCAUUACAGAGCUUGCUGGAUAAAGUCUACCAGCCAAUCAUAAUCCGAGAACUGCUUAUACUGCAGGGAGGACCAAAACAGGUGAAGGCGUCUGCAGGGAGCGGCUCCCGACAGCCUCUAGCCCAGGCCCCCCCCUGGCUGAGGCGCCUCUGUGGACAGCUGCUCUCAGAGAGGCUGAUGCAGCCAAAUGGAGUUCAGGCUGUAGUCAGGGGGGUUUUGGAAGGAGCUGGAGCUGGGGCAGCAGGAGGUCAAGAUGCUGAAGCUGCUGCUGCUGAUUGGAGGAAAUGUGACUCUAUUGCACGGAUACUGGCCUCGUGUCCCCAGCAGUCCAUUUCACUGGUUGAUUAUUACAGGAGGGUGUGUCCUCAGGUGCUGGAUUUGCUGCAUAUCAGGGACAGGCUGACGGCUCGGCAGUUUCAGCGUGUUGCCACCACCACUGUACUCACCCUGGUGCAGGAGCAGCCAGAGCUCGCUGAGAAGUACCUGCUCACCCCAUUACUGAGUCCUCUCACCUGCUGCCUGGGCACAAGAGAUCAUAAACUGAGUCCGGGGUCCAUUAUUGUUGAAGAAAGUGAUCUUAGUCGAUGUAUAGAGGACAUUUAUAAGGUCUGUGUUGUCGGGAAUAACCCCAGUCCGGCAUUGUUAAACUCCCUUGGAAAUGUAAUUCAAGUCAUCUUUUGCCUCUUCUGUUUUACCAAACAAAAUGUCUCACAUUUACGAUCUGCCUGUCAGGAAAUACUGCUUUGGUUCCUGCAGAAGGCCGACCCUCCGCAGGCAGUUACUGCUCUGAAACACAUCUCUGGUCUGAGUGUGCAGACUACCGGGAUCUCUCCUGAUCAUCACUUCUCACCUGGCAGUGAGGGGGGAGCAGUGUUCACUGUGAGAGAACCCACAUGCGAUGCAGACGAUGCCUUGUAUGAGAAGAUUUCCUCAGAGCAGUGGGCUGUUGAGUGCUUCGUGCACUUGCUUGCCAACCUGCAGGAGACUCGUCUAGCUGGAGAUUUCUUCAUUCACUUACUCAAGGGUCUGACAGGUAUGGCAGUGGAAGGGGAGCAGGAGGAUGAAGAACCUCAGCACCUGACUAGCAUUAGUCUCCUGGAGCUGGAGCAGCUUCGAAUCCAGCAGGCUACAAGGCAGGAAGAAAGGCUGUUGACAUUACAGCUGCUAGCAGCAAUGUGUGAGAAGCUCUCGCACACUCUGCUUUAUAACCCGGUCCAGGUGAUUGAGUUCAUCUGUGCCAUGCUGAAGCGAGCCUGUGUCAGUCUGGAUCAGGGUGUGGAAGGAACAGUGGAGGCACAGACACUCAGCAUGGGAAUGGGACUCGUGGCUACCAUGUUAGCUGGGGCAGCCAAGCUGCAGUCAGAAGAUUAUGCUGCAAUGAAGGAGCUCUUGCCUCUUUUAGACCAAAUAUCCCAACGACACCCUGAACAAGUUAUCCAAGAACUGGCCUCGGAUUUACAGAUCUCUAUUGCCACUCAUGGAGCGUUCACCGCUGAAACUGUGACCAAGGCGGCUUGCAACACAGCUGGGAAAGAGGAACUGAUACCAGGAAGACCUUCUGAAAACACUGCAUCCAAAACCAAUGAGAAAACAAAGAGAAGAGUCAGUGACGAGACACCAAAGCCAAAGAGUAAUCCAGGCACUGGUGUGACGAGUCAGAUGGACACUGCACACUGUAAAAACACAGGCCCAGUUUUAGAUCCCAUGGCUCAAAGCAGCAGCAAAGGAGGUGCACAUGCUGAUCCUGCAGAGGCCAGGAAACUUCUGUCUGAAUGUCUUCUUGAAGCGGUAGACCCUGAAGUUCCUACAAGAGCAGCUGCCUUAAGAACAUUAACUCGUAUGGUUCAGAAUAGAAAUGUUGAGGCGCUUCACAACCAGGAGAAACUAUUAACACUAUUUCUGGAGAAUCUAGAGCACAGCGACUCGUUUGUGUAUCUGUCUGCCAUUCAAGGUCUCGCUGUGCUCGCGGAUGUGUUUCCUGAGCAGAUCUUGCUGCGGCUGCUGAAGGAGUUUGAGGAAAGUCCUAAAGAGACGAAGAAACCCCGUUCCCUUGAGACCAGGCUUAAAACAGGAGAGGCGCUGAUGAGAACAACCAGGGCACUGGGGGACCUGGCCCCUCGAUUUGGGACACCCCUCAUCCACGCUUUCCUGAGAGGAACCAGAGACAGCGACAGCACUAUGAGAGCCAGCAGCCUGUCUAACCUUGGGGAGCUGUGCCAGAGACUGCACUUCGCACUGGGGGCGGUGGUACACGAGCUGAGUUCUUGUCUGAUAGCCCUUAUAAAAACUGACAGUGAAGCAGAGGUGCGCAGAGCAGCAGUACACGUCAUUGCUCUUCUACUGCGUGGACUGAGUGACAACGCCACACAGGUGCUCAGUGGCGUGCUGCGAGAUCUGUACCGUGUCCUCAAGCAUGUGGUGCAGCACGACCGCGAUGAUGUCACUGUGCUCCAGGCCCAGCUGGCGCUGGAGGAGCUUGAUGAUGUCAUGAGGCGCUACAUCUUCCCAGCUCAGAAACUUGAGAAGAAGAUCGUGGUGCUUCCUUAGAACCUGCUGUUUCUACACAACGCUGUAUUGUAUAAUGCUCUUAAUAUGCUCCUGCUCAUUUUAAAUUUCUAUAAAAUGCCUGUUAAAUGCGAGUUUGCUGUUGUUAUUACUGCCAUGGGAUUGUCGAAGUUGGUUGUGCCUUAAAAGGGUUGCAUUUAGUAUUGUAAAAGGGGUUGUAUUUAGUUUUCUCUUGGCUGCCGUACAGCAAGUGUGCUGUGCUUAACCUUACAUACAGUACAAUGUUGUGUUAAAGUCAGAGGCUGUGUUUAAAUAACCACAAUACAUGAAUGUAUGCUGGUGUAGACACAGAGACUACUAUUGUCGGAGUUGUUGCAAAGUGAAUGGUUGACAGAUUGUUUUGUUACAAAAGUAAAAAUGCUCACGAUUACAGCAAGCAAAUAUAGUAGAAAUAAAAAAAAGCCAAAACCUUUUAAGUUACUUUAUAAAAAUAAAAAAAGAUUACCAGCAAGUAGAAGUCCAAAAACAGUGAAAAAAUAUAUAGACCAUGUUUCAUUUUAAUUUUGAAGCUAUUUUCUCAGGAUGCAAUUUCAGUUACAUUACAAAGUGAGGUCUGAUUUAAAAGCACUUCGAUCAUACUGAUAAAAUGAUCAUGUCAUGAAUGGGGUUUGUGUAAUGUGUAGCAUGCAGCAGGUGAAACAGGAACUCUGGCUCAGUGCUUAUGGAAAAAAAAAGUUAUUUACCAUAGACACAGUUGAAUGAGAGAUUUCUAGUCAUUCUCUGACUUUUUUCUAUAUAUCAAUUUUGAAAUGUUUUUUUUUUUUCACAUACUUGUAUCAGUGGGUGAUAUCUGCUGGAUAACGACCAAGAUAUUUUCUUCCUUAGGAUCUUGGAAAAAAAUACCAUUCAAAAAUGGAAUGUAUCUUUAUUACAAUGUAUGUGUCUUUGAAAAAGGAAAAUGUGUGACCUAUGAAAUGAUGUGUUCUUGUUUAGCAAAAGAAGUUACCUAUGUAUAAACCAUUUUCACACUUUCCCUGAUCAUUGUAAAGUUGAAGGUGUUAUUUUAAGCUUGUCGUUGAGACUUAUUUAUUCCCUAACAGAUGAAUCAGGAAAAAUCUAAAUUCUCAGUUAGGGGGAAAGUCUUCCUAAAUAUGUAAGACCGAUUUAACCAACAGCAUUACAAUAAAUACAAUAAUGGUAAACAUUUUAUCCUGGAUAACCGUGCAGUUGGUUUGCUGUGUUUAAUUCAACUCUAUUGUGAGUGCAGCUAUAGAGAAGGUAGUGCAAUUGAAAGGUGAGGUCAGAACUCUGAGUUACGGAUUUGUCAAAAGUCUUCCUGUGUACAGAUGUUACCAGUGUAUAGAACACUGCAGUAGAAUUAGUCAUAUUGUGUGUGUUUAAUAGCGAUUUGUGAUUGGUAACAAAUGAAUAUGCCCGGUGUAUCUGGUACAGCUACAAGGCUUUGUAUUGUUCUCACCUAAACUGCACAAGAUAGUGAUUUAAAGCAGUGUAUUUUUACACAUGUUCAUGCUGGCUCUUAUAAGGAUCCAACACCUUUUGACAGUCCUUGACAUGCCUACAAUAUAGACGUUAGCCCCAUCUUUUAAAACUUGGUUUUCCUAUGGCCAAGUGCACAUGCUAUUGCAACUACAGCAGUAGAAGGCUAUAAAUUAGACAUUCAGACUGCUGUAGCUCAGUGGUUACUGUUACAUUGACUAAAAGCACAUAUACAGUACAUCUGAUACAAAUUUCCUGUAUAUUGCAUAAUAUAUACUGUAUUAGAUAACAGUUUAACAAAAUAAAGCACUAAUCAAUAUUUUAAACACAAUUUACUUCCUAUUGACUAUUUUCCUUUAUGACUUUAUUUUUUGUUUCUUUACAUCAUCGUAAAUGACCGUAGC